AACGAUUUCCUGCAAAAUAAAUAACUAAAGUGUGCCUUAAAUUUGCGCACUCUAUUUCCAAAGGAACUAUAUUUCAGAGAAAUUGUAUUUUAAAAAGAGCGGGAAAGUAAAACCGCACUACAAUACAUGAUUGCAUUAAAUUCAAACAUUAGGCUGUGGGUGGGGCUACCGUUUUAGCCACUUUGAUUGGCCCGCUCACGUCUUAGCCACACCAAUAAAAUCCAUUCAUGGUGCUUGUCCAAUGGAGACAUCCAAUCAGCACCGUAAGCCUUUAGUCUUUGAAAAUUAGCAUAAACAGAGAAUAAAUACUUCGUCACCAGAGCAGAUCGUUACACACUUUGUUGUUCUUUAUUGAGAAAUCAUGCCUGAGCCAGCAAAGUCCGCACCUAAGAAGGGGUCCAAGAAGGCCGUCACUAAAACCGCCGUGAAAGGGGGCAAGAAGCGCAAGAGGUCCAGGAAAGAGAGCUAUGCUAUCUACGUCUACAAGGUCCUGAAGCAGGUUCAUCCUGACACCGGGAUUUCCUCUAAGGCCAUGGGGAUCAUGAACUCUUUCGUCAAUGAUAUUUUCGAGCGUAUCGCCGGUGAGUCUUCUCGUCUCGCUCACUACAACAAGCGCUCCACCAUCACAUCGAGAGAGAUCCAGACCGCCGUGCGUCUCCUGCUGCCCGGUGAACUCGCCAAACACGCCGUUUCUGAGGGAACAAAGGCCGUCACCAAGUACACCAGCUCCAAAUAAACCUGUUGAGUCUUUCAACACUCCAAAGGCUCUUUUAAGAGCCACCCACUUUAUCAACUAGAGAGCAUCCAGUUUGCUUCAAUUGAUUUAAAGCGUGUUUUAAUGUUUUCAUUCAGAAUUGAACAAUGGGUUGUUGUGUGUAGGUCAUGACUCUUGUUGGUUAAUGUUUUCAUUAUGUGCUUAAAUAAUAUAAAGGGUCAUCAAUUUUUUUUAUAGUGUAAAAAGUUAACCUCAUUGUUACAGGGCUGACCAAAAUUAGUUGAACAUGAUAUUGGAAAAUUGUUAUUGUUUUAUUUUACAAUUUUUAAUGUUAUGUAGUGCUGCUGUUUUAUUAAAGCAUGAUUUUUCUAAUGGUUGUUUUUGUUAUGUAAAAGCAAUAUUCAAGGGGUUGUCAAUGGUCAUGAAUAUUAAUGUGAGUCACACAUGAUGAGAUAAAGACCCAACCCCCUAAUGCUUCAAUGAGGAAUGUUGUGCUAAAAGAAAGAAUUUUUUGAGACUUGGACAAAAUGUUAAUAACAAAGUAGUGUACAAUAAAAUAAAAAUCUAAAUAAGUAUCAAAUGCAGUAGCGAUGUGAGAAAUGCAGCUUUUCAAAGCUUCGAAUCAAUUCAACCAAUCGCUUCGCAAAUUGAUUCAGUUUUUCCGAAGCGUUCGAAACACCACACACGCUGGCGACACCUGCUAGUCAAAAUAGUGUAAAAGCAGCUAGAUCUGUCCAAACAUUUUACAAAAUA